CCGUCCGCCACAGGACCCAAUACAAACGGAACGGAGGAUCAUCAUCCGUCGUCAUCAGCAGCAGCACAUCCAGAUCGGCUUCUUCUUCCUCUCCGGCGAUUAUCGCUGGUCUCCGUUCUAGUUCAGCUCACCGCGGAAGAUGGGAGGAGGCAAUGACAACCAUGACGAGAGGGACAAGGGGCUCAUGUCCAACCUGAUGCACGGCGUUGCAGGUGCUGGUGGCCACGGGUACCCGCCGCAGGGGUACCCGCCACAGCAGGGAUACCCUCCCCAGCAAGGAUACCCACCUCAGGGAUACCCCCCGCAGCACGGCUACCCGCCUGCACCUGGUGGUUACCCACCGGCACCUGGCGGUUACCCUCCGCAGCAGCACGGUUACCCCCCGCAGCAGGGCUACCCUCCACAGCAGCAUGGCUACCCUCAGCAAGGUGGCUACCCCCCUGCAGGUUACCCUGGCUCAUCUGGUCAUGGUGGUAGCCAUGGACCUGGCAUGGGCGGCAUGCUCGCUGGAGGCGCAGCAGCUGCUGCUAUGGCUUAUGGAGCACACAAGAUCUCUGGCAGUCACGGUGGGCACAUGGGAGGAGGCAUGAUGGGCCAUGGAGGCUACGGGGUCGGCCACGGCGGCUACGGAGGCCACCACGGCGGCAAGUUCAAGCACGGGAAGCACGGCCAUGGCAAGUUCAAGCACGGCAAGCAUGGCCACGGCGGCAUGUUCGGCGGCGGCAAGUUCAAGAAGUGGAAGUAAUCUGCCAGUAGCUUUUCAUAGCUGAUGGGUCGAUAUAGCUGAACUCUUGUGUUGGCUUCCAGAACUGGUGUGGUUAGGAAUGCCUUUGCGAUGUAUCUAAAUAGGCAUGGUGUGGUCGCUUCCUUCGAGCUUCCAUCCUGUCCUCUACAUAUUAUUACUGUUUGGUACUCCACUUUGCAUCUGAGUGACGAGAUGGUUUGCUAAUAAGUAACUGAACACCGGUUGUUGCUA